AUGGCUACCAAUUCCAAAGCCUCUGAUGACAACAGUUCCACUGCUGGCGCUACUGCACCUCCCUCAUAUGACACGAUCUCAACAAAUCCCAUUCAGUGCAGUCAAUCAUCUGUAUUUUCCUUUCGUCGCAUGAAGCAGAAACCCCCUGAUUUCACCCCUUCUUCUGUGACCUCAAAUGUCAAUGCCUGUGCUGCUGCUCUUCCAGCUGCUGAGCUCUCCAACAUCCUGACAAAACUCAAUAUCGAGGGCCACACAGCACUGUAUUGGGCAAUUGUGAAUAAUCGGCCAGAAGCUUUUUGGGCACUCAAAGAGCUGACUUCCUGUUAUUCCUCUGAUUGCAUAUCCGACUUGUGCAUUGCAUGCACGAUAACCAGUGACCAUGAAAUGUUUACGCAGCUAAACCUUGGAAGUUACAGCGAAGACAGGCGUUUGAGAGAGUUUUUAGGCUGUCCGCAAGAUGAGAUUCAGGUACAUACAUGCGAUGGGACCGCCAAUCAGUUCAAAGUUGUUUUUCAAAUCGGGAUGUUCCAAAAACGCCUGCGCAUGGCCACUGAAAAAGGUUUGUACUACGAAUUUGUUGCAGGGGGACACAUAUGGUGGUUGCACUUCUACAUGCCAAAGCCGCCCACUAAUGGAGUAUGGCACACCGCAAUUGGUCUUUCUGGAAACCUGGCGGUGCGACCCCUGCUUAAAAUUCCAUUAUGGACAAGCACAAAGGUUCUGACUCUUAAAUCCUCACAAUCUACCAAGGGCAAAGAGCUGGGCGGUCAGGUAAUGCACAAUAUGACUGAAUAUGUAGACCAUGAGGGCACCCUACAUGCGAAGCUGGACAUGACAUUGUUAUGAAUCCGAUAGUGACACUAGUCGAUGUAAUUGAAGUUCAUUCUACAGUCAAAUGCCACAAAUGAUUUGCACGAGUUUCGUAUCUACGUGUGGUGGGUAACAAAAUCUCUCGAACAACGUCAAGCACGCUUGUCGCUCGUUGUUGACCUCCAGGAACCAAGACAGACCACGGUGAGGGUGUGGUGAAGAAUGCUAGAUGGUGCAGUUGGGCUAUAUGGACGGCUGGAGAGGUGCUGGAGACAAAACAUGUUGUAUAGAAUAGGGAGAUUUGGAUGACGAGGAGAAGUGGAAUAGAG